UGGAGUUCAUGUUACCAAGGCAGCCAGGAAGAAGCUGAGAAGGGAGCGGACGUCAUGGGCAUCCUAGAUGGCUGAAUAGUGUUAAAAGCUGGAGCUCCGGGAGCCACCAUGGGCACCGCAUCCUCUCUGGUCAGCCCGGGGGAGGUGAUUGAGGAUGCGUAUGGAGGUGAGGGCGGGGAGGCCUGUGAGAUCCCGGUGGAGGUCAAGCCAAAAGCCCGGCUUCUGCGCAGCUCCUUUCGCCGAGGACCUCGGGUUAUCGGGGCUAGUUUCAAAUCCACAGGCUCUGUGGAUCUAGAGUAUGCUGCGGAGUAUGAACGGCUCCGUAAAGAGUAUGAAAUCUUCCGUGUGAGCAAGAAUAAUGAGAUCUCCUCCAUGCAGAAGAAGGAGGCAAAGCUGGAUGAGGAGAACAAGAGGCUCAGAGCUGAACUGCAGGCACUGCAGAAGACCUACCAGAAGAUCCUUAGAGAGAAAGAGAGCGCUCUGGAGGCAAAGUACCAAGCCAUGGAGAGGGCUGCCACCUUCGAACAUGACAGGGACAAAGUGAAACGACAAUUCAAGAUCUUCCGGGAGACAAAGGAGAAAGAAAUUCAAGACCUGCUGCGGGCCAAGAGGGACCUGGAGGCCAAACUGCAGCAGCUGCAGGCUCAGGGCAUCCAGGUUUAUGACCCAGAUGACUCUGACUCAGAUGACAACCGAACCACUGUCACUGCUGCAGGGACCCAGUGUGAGUACUGGACUGGGGGUGUGCUUGGGAGUGAGCCCUCUAUGGGCAGCAUGAUGCAAUUGCAACAGACCUUCAGAGGACCAGAGUUUGCCCACAGUUUGAUUGAUGUGGAGGGCCCGUUUGCUAAUGUCAGCAGAGAUGACUGGGAUGCUGCAGUAGCCAGUCUGCUACAGGUCUCCCCUCAUGUGUCUCAGGCGUUAUGGAGUAACACAGUACGGUGCUACCUAAUCUCUACACAGGAGACCAAAGCAGAAUUGGAUAUCUUCAUCAAGAAGCACUCUCCUAUGUUACGGAGGCUGUGUGAGGGUCUUGGCCAUUUCUACCUGAAUGUUAGUUUUCCCGAGGAGAAUGCUGGCUCCUAUACUCUGGAGCGCAAGCAGGAGAUUGAAAGGAGCUCGGUGUGUGUACUUCUCCUCAAAUCUGCUGUUACCAGCUCUGUGGUGGAGGACUGUGAGGAGGCCUUUGUGAAGAACCCAGACGGCCAUCCACUGGUGCUCUACCUCAGGACUGGGGAAGACCAUGCUUUGACUGGGCCAACCAGGCAGCUUCUGGAGAGGGUCAAUGCUGCUGACAAAGCAGCUAAAGUCAAGGUGGUGGAUCAUAGUGGUUCUCCAGAGGAGGGAGCAGCCCUGAUUUAUGCUCAACUAGAGAAAGUCAUCAAGCAGGAGUUGCUUGGUCUUGAGGCAGGAGACGUUGACUCUAAGGACUCUGGAAUAGAGGAGGGUCGUGAGGAGGACUCUGGAGAUGUGCUGUGGGACCUGCAUGAUGAGCAGGAACAGAUUGAGGCCUACCAGCAGGCUUGCAGCACCACUUCACAGCUCGGCUUCCAGAAGUAUAUAGAUCGCCUGAAUGAUAUGAUAGCAGCUCCCCCGCCCACCCCUCCUCUGCUGGUGUCUGGUGGUCCAGGUUCAGGAAAAUCUCUCCUGCUUUCCAAAUGGAUUGAGCUGCAGCAGAAACACUCCCCUAACACCUUGUUCCUGUAUCAUUUCGUCGGCCGCCCUCUGUCCACCAGUUCGGAGCCUGUUCUCAUCAUCAAACGCCUUACAGUCAAACUGCUGCAGCACUUCUGGUCCAUCUCUGGCUUGUCCAUGGAGCCCAGUAAGAUCUUGGAGGAGUUCCCCCGCUGGCUUGAAAGGCUGUCGGCACGCCACCAAGGAAAUAUCAUCAUCAUCAUCGACUCCAUCGACCAGAUACAGCAAGCAGAAAGACACAUGAAGUGGCUGAUCGACCCUCUGCCUGUCAAUGUGAGAGUGGUGGUGUCUGUCAAUGUAGAGACAUGUCCUCAGGCUUGGCGGUUGUGGCCCACCCUCCACCUCGACCCACUGAGUCCUAGAGAAGUAAGGAGUGUUGUUAAUGCAGAGUGCCAGGGCAUGGAGCUGAAACUAACCAAGGACCAGGAGAAAAAGCUUGAGCGUCACUGUCGCUCUGCAUCUACCUGCAACGCUUUGUAUGUAACAUUGCUGGCAAGGAUGACCACCAGCAGUAAAUCGUGUUGGUCAUUGGAGAGGAGCCUGGAGCAGUGCCUGCUGUGUCAGGACACCAUGUCACUCUACCGUCUCGCACUCAAGAUGACGCUAAACUCGCUCAGCUCAGACAGAGAACGAAACAUCAUGAGAGAGAUGCUGUGCCUGGUGUGUGCUAGUCAUAAUGGAGUGAGUGAGUCAGAGGUCCUAGACCUUUUCCCUGAGCUGGAGCUGCCUGUCCUGUCUGCGAUGCUUUACUCUCUGAACAGGCUCUGUAUUGUAACUCUCGGCUGUGGACUUGUUCGGUUUCAACACCUGCAGGCUUGGGAGGCUGUAAGGCUGGAGUUUCUGAGUGGAGGGAGCAGCUCUGCUGCUUACAGAGAGAAACUGAUCCAUUACUUCAGCCAGCAACUUAGCCAGGACCGUGUGACAUGGCGUGUAGCUGAUGAACUGCCCUGGCUGCUCCAACAACAGGAGGACAGGACCAAGCUGCAGCUCAGUCUCCUUAAUCUGUUUGUCUCACAGAACCUCUAUAAGAGGGGUCAUUUCUCUGAGCUGCUAGCCUAUUGGCAGUAUGUGGGCAAGGACAAAAGCUCAAUGGCCAACGAGUACUUUGACUCCCUGAAGCAUUACGAGAAGAGCUGCGAGAGUGAAGAUAGCAUGACCCGGCUGGCUAACCUGUACGAGACUUUAGGACGAUUUCUCAAAGACCUGGGCCUCCCCAGUCAGGCAGUAGCCCCUUUACAGAGGUCUCUUGAGAUCAGGGAGACAGCCCUGGACCCUGACCACCCCAGCGUAGCUCGCUCCCUACACCAGCUGGCUGGGGUUUAUGUACAGUGGAGGAAGUAUGGGAAUGCUGAGCAGCUGUAUAAGCAGGCCUUGGAGAUUAGUGAGAACGCCUACGGUGCUGAGCAUGCCAGUGUGGCACGAGAGUUGGAGUCGCUCGCCUUGCUCUACCAGAAACAAAACAAGUACGAACAAGCGGAGAAACUUAGGAAGAGGUCAGUGAGGAUACGUCAGAAGACUGCUCGGCAGAAAGGCCACAUGUAUGGCUUCACUCUGCUGAGGCGCAGAGCUCUGCAGCUGGAAGAACUGACCCUGGGAAAAGACUCAGCUGACUGUGCCAAGACCCUCAAUGAGCUGGGUGUGCUCUACUACCUCCAAAACAACCUGGAGGCAGCCAAGGUGUUCCUCACCCGGUCUCUAGAGAUGCGUCAGCGCGUCUUGGGCCCAGAUCAUCCAGACUGUGCUCAGUCUCUUAACAACCUGGCUGCACUGCACACAGAGAGGAGGGAGUACGAAACAGCCGAGGAUAUGUAUGAGAGGGCACUGGACAUCCGCAAGAAAGCCUUGUCCCCGGACCACCCGUCACUGGCAUACACACUCAAACACCUGGCCAUGCUUUAUAAACGCAGGGGGAAACUGGAGAAAGCGGUGCCAUUGUAUGAGCUGUCUCUGGAGAUCAGGGAGAAAAGUUUUGGGCCCAAACACCCCAGUGUGGCCACAGCACUGGUCAACCUGGCCGUUAUCUACUGCCAACUGAAGAAGCACAGCGAUGCCUUGCCUCUUUAUGAACAAGCACUUAAAGUGUAUGAGGACAGUUUGGGGCGUUCACAUCCACGGGUUGGAGAGACACUAAAGAAUCUGGCUGUGCUUAGCUAUGAAGAGGGUGACUUUGAGAAAGCGGCGGAGCUUUACAAGAGAGCAAUGGAGAUAAAGGAGGCAGAGCCAUCGUUGGUGUGUGGAAAUGCCCCCUCCCGCCACUCCUCCAGUGGGGAUACAUUUAGUGUGCGAGGACCCGCCCCCCUCCCGCAUGCCCCCAGGUGACUCUGUCCAACCACAACUCACCACAGAGCAGUAAAUGACAGCUUUAAUGAGACCAGAACAUGUUGACUUUGAGAAGACCCCAUGGUCUCAUCAAAAAAAGGAAUCACCACAGUCAUCACGAUGCCCACUGCUUCCGGGUGAUGGAGGUUUUACGGUGCACUCCGUUGUACUGUAACUGCCAAAAGGAUUGUGAAGUGUGCAGUAUUAGUCUGUGAAAUUGACGUAUUUGCUGAAGGUAUUUAUUGAUAUUUCUAUAGUAUUAACACAAUCAUGUUAAUUAUGUUACCAGGGUAAGAAAAUGUGAAAUUUAGUCAAAUCAGCCCCUUUAAGGGCCUGUAACUCAGGUUGAGUAUUUUUUACAAACCAGAUUCAAACUUUUAAUCUGUAUUUUCCUUGUCUUACAGGGUAUAGUCAAAAUAGAUACCACUUUAAAUUGCUCAGUAAUGAAAUGUGCUGCUGCAUUUGAAAUGUGGUACACAUUUCCUGGAAUGGAAAGACUCAGAAAAAGGGUCAGGCAAAUUCUAAAGACUAAAACGAGACUAAUGAGAAUGGACACAUUCUGUCUUCUCCUGUCCUGUCCAAUGGGCAUCAUUAGUCGAUUCUUCCUUUUAAAUUGCCUACAUUUUACGGCUCGAGGCCUAAAAUGAAAACCCAUGAAAUUACUUUUUCACUUUCAUUUUUGAUAAACUGGCAAAAUCCAAGUAUAAAAGGAUACUCAUUUUUGGCAUUUCUACUUUGACAGUCACAGUAGAGAGAGAGAGAGAGAGAGAGACAGGAAAGACAGGGGAGAGAGAGGGGAUGACAUGCAGCAAAGGGCCUGGGGUCAGAUCUGAACCCAGGACCCUGCAAUCAGGACUCAGCCUUGGUACAUGGUACAUGUGCUUAUCCCGUUAGUCACCAGCGUGCCCUGGGAUACUCAUUUUUGUUUGCUAGCAAAGAGAAAAAAUAUGCACCUAGGUUACAUAAGUGUGCACUGUUCUUACGUUAAGAUGAAUCUGAUCAGAUACCAGAAGAUGCACAAAGCUUUUUUUGCCUUCACUUCAAGUGAUUGACAAGGUUAGUUAAAAUUACAGGAAUUUCUCAAACUGUUUUGCAAGGCAACACAAAAUUAUUAGUAGUUAACAGUAAUCUUAUAUGCCCUAUAUGACAUAAAUGAUUAGUUGUGUCACACAGUGCCACCACUGGAUAAAAAUUGCUGGUAUUCUGGUGUUUAUUGUAUUUGUAUCAUAUUCUGUAGAUCAUAUAUUAUUUAAUAUGGCCAUCAAACCUCAGGUAGUUCUACUGCCAAGUCUCCAUUUGAGAGGUGUGUCACAAAAAUGUGUAUAUAUACAGCAAAGCGUAAAAAUAAAGUUACCUCACAAUAUAGAGAAUGUCUUCCCCACACAAUGAUUUUGUUCAGUACAAAAUAAAAAGAGCAAAAUCAAGCCUGAACAAAGCUUAACAUCUGGGGAAACAUCAACUCUGGUACAUCUAGUGUGCAAAACUAAAAAGUAUACAUUCAUUCACUGGUUAAUGUAAAAAGGGAUUUUACAGGAAUUGCCAAAACAUGAUGGUGCCACAUGACUGUGCUGGUUGAUGCACAAUCAUUCAACUAUUUACUAACUCAGUGUGCAUUAAAACAAAUUGAACACAAGGUACCGAAACCUGUUAUUUUGUUCUGCCAAACAAACUGUAUCAGAACCAUAAAUACAUUUGUCCUACCAUGUAUUCAUGUAAUAAAUCUGUAAGAAGCUGUACAGGACAAAAUAUAUAUAUAUAUAUUAAAAAAAAAAAAAUCAGAAAAAGUGUAUUC